UCCUGUGCGUAGUAAAGAUGUGUUGCGAGCGAACUCAGAGAGUUUAACGUAGUAUAUACCACACUAGCGCGGCUCUCAGUAACCUAAACGCAAAGUGUCACAGUGGCUGAUUUCCAGAUAUUUCACUCUUUCUCACAAGUGACCAUUGGAGAUAUAAUGAGAAUUUCACUGUAUAAGAUGAGUUAAAGAAAAGUUAAAAACUGAGUGAAUAUGUUUAAGUGGAAAGUUUCAAGACUUGGGUCUAAGAAGGAGAAGGACAGGAGUAAACAGAAAUUAAACAACGAGAUCGAACACAAUGAGGAAAUAUAUGCAAAGAACAACAAUAAUAAUAAAGACAAGAAAGAGAUUUCCAGUUCUCCAACUAGUCGUAAGUUCGGCCUAUUCACAUCCAAUGGAACUAAAACUGAGAAUACCAACACCAUGACCCUAUCCAGGGUUGGACAGAGGUUGGCUAUCCAGCAUCCUGAACCCAGUAGCCUCGGUUUAUCCAACGAGAAUAUCCUGGGAGAUAUCCCUCCUCCUCUACCUCCGCUUAAACCAGAGUGGAGAACUCAACUGCGUCUAGCAGAGCAGGAAGAAGCGAUACCAAGUGAUUCUUUGUAUGGCCUAAACAGAAACCAUUCUCUCUCUAUGGAACAGAGACCGGAGCAAAGGCCACCAAUACGGAGACCAGAGUCCAGAAUGUUCCCCAACAUCUCAGAUUCGCGGAUUUUAGAUCGUGAGUCUAGAAAUCAGAAAACAGAGUCCAGAGGUCAGGGGGACUUAGCACACUGGUCAUCUCACGGAUACCUGGCUAAGGAACCAGAAACAUGUAAUGAAUCAGGAUAUGUCUUGCUAAAGAGACAACAGAAUGACAGUUCCCGCCAAUCUCCGGCUCACGGACCGCAGGAUCUUAAAAGAUCGGAGUCGGGCGGAGGAAGAUUUGAGUUGGGCGGAGGCAGAUCAGAGUUGGGCGGAGGCAAACAAGAAUCAGGAGUUAAUUCAUCCCCAAAUAAAUAUUUCUCCGUAAAAGGGUUUCAACACAUGGUCCAGCUCCAUUCUGCUCCUGAACCUAAUGAGAAAUAUUUCUCCGUUGAUGCUUCAUUUCUCUCCGGGAAGUCAGAGUUAAAAACCAACCUGAGAUUAAACCCUGCUCCUCAACCCACCCUGGAGCAAGUCAAACCUCCGACCCUCAAGAAACCAGAUUUUUUUGCCCCUCCCCCUCUUCCCCCUUACCAAAGACCACCCCCUCCUAAACCUGAGAGUAAUCUAACCUCAACUAAACCUAUCUCCGGGUCUGUAUCAUGGCUGGAGUGGACUCAACAGCUCCAGGCGUAUGUAGCAUGGGUAAACUCACAGCUGCGAAAAAGAGAAGGAUUGAAACCUGUAAAAGAUUUAAGGACGGAUCUACAAACUGGAGAAGUUCUGGCUCAGCUCAUAGAGAUCAUAUCUGGUGAACCUAUGGCUGGUAUUCAGUACAGACCUGAGUCUUUACAAGGGAUGAGAGAGAACCUUGAGAGAGUUCUUCAGUUUAUGUCAAGUAAACAGAUAAAGAUGCAUAAUAUAUCAUCCAGGGAGUUGUUGGAAGGAAACUUGAAAUCUGUAAUGCGACUAAUUCUAGCUCUAGCCGCUCAUUACAAACCUCAAUCGGUUAAACACCAUGAUACCUCUACAGAAAGUAUUGAACCAAAGAAACCUGAGGAUUCCAUACCCAGCACCAGACCCGGAGAAGAGCUAAGACGUCCAGCUCCAGGUAGGGUUUGGGAGCAGGGAGAAAACCAAAGGUUUAUGAAAAGAGGAGAAAAAAGUCCAAAGAUAACAGCGGAGACACAAACUUUAGAUUCUCGACCCAUCGACCCAUCAAACUUUAACAGAUCAAACGGUCCGUCACCCAGUGACAGGUCAUCGGGACCGUCACCCUUGGACCGGUCCAUCGGCCCCUCACCGGUUAAUCGGGGACUAAACAACGAAGGUUUCGUCCGAAGUGGAUCCGGAAGAAAACUUCCACAGAUUCCUGAACGUUGUCGUAGUAAUACUUUACCCUCAAGGAAAACAACGGAGGGCGUUAAUGAGGAAGAUGAAGAGAGAGGGGAGGUGGAGGAGGAGGAGGAGCAUUCUACGGGUGGAAACAAGAGCAAACCCAAAGCAAUGGAGUUCUGGGAGUCUAUGGAAAAUAUUGAAAGAAGUGAUUUCCGUUAUAACACAAUACACAGGAUGUCCGUAGGAAGAAGACUUCUUCCAAAGCCUCCAGAGAUCUCACAUUCCCGUUCUCAGUCAGUUGACAGAGAUCAGGAUAAAAUAUCUCUCAACUCAAGCUUCUCCGGACCUUCAUCCCUGCCUAUUCAUAGUGUACCACAAUCUCCCAGAGUUUCACAUAAAAUUCCUCCGGAUGGAGCCAGCCUUCAGAGCGAAAAUAGUGAUUUAGAGCAGAGGCGAGAUGGAGAGGGUAGUUCGGAUAAAAACUCUCCUCCGACCAGUGUUGUUCUUGGGCAAGGAGAAAUAUUGAAACAGGAGAAACCCAACCCUGCUUACGACUGGGUUCGAGGGAGCUUUGACCAAGGACGGAAACCUUGGUCUGGGUAUCCGGGUACAGAGAUAGAUGGAGGGGUUGAAAGAAACGUUCCUUACACAAUACUCCUGCAAGAAUUAAACCAAGCAAAGAAGCAACUUGAAGAACUCUAUAAUCUGUUGGUUUCUAACCCAGGGUCUGAGAAGGACCUAAAACUAACACUGAGUAACGUUUUCUCCCUCCCCGGCCAGAACCUUCCCGAGUCCUCGACCGGAUCUCUUGUAAAGAGUGUGUUCCGAGGAUCCAAGGCUGAUGAAGGCAGAGAGGGGAAGGAAGGGUUUAAAGAGGAACUACAGGUUGCUCGAGAAGCCAUUUCUAACCUUCGAUCCAUGUUUCGAGAUUCUGAUCCUGGUCAUCAUAUAUUAGACACCCUUGAGCAGUGUAUCUCUAUUAUUGUUGAGAAGGCUAGCCGCAGUAUCACAGAGGAAGUAAAUGAGAAUGAAAAGGUUGCAGAGCCUCCGACCACAAAGAUUAUUUACUUUAUGCCAAGGUCUGCUACACCGUUCAUGACAAGUAUUAAUAUGCCCGUAGGACAGGUUUCACUUAGAGACUUCAAAGCUGUAUUCGAUAGACCAGGCUUCUAUAGAUACCACAUAAAAAACACAGAUACGGAGUAUGGAAUGGUUAAAGAAGAGAUUGCUGAAGAUGACCGUAUUCUGCCCGGCAGCUCGGGAAAGAUAGUUCUUUGGGUUGAAGAGGAAUAGGGGUUAUUUCCUUUAGAAGUUGAACUUAAUAGAUUUCAACAGUAAUUUGCAGCUCACGGUGGACUAAGGUCAAUUUGAAUACGAACCGGACCGAUUUCUUGUACCGGCCGUAGUGACACACGGCAAGUACCAGCCCGACCCUUUCCUUUUCUGGCUCUGUUUUAACUUUUAUGGCGCGGCUAGACUUUCUAUAGUACCCGGCCUAUCAUAGGCCUAUGUGACCUACCCCACAACCUUAGUUUAGUGUAGCAGCGAAAUGAUAAUUUUUGACCAUUUUCCAACGUUAUAUUAUAGAACCAGAGUGCAAUCAAAUACAAAUAAUAUGAACCUAAACAAUCUUAUGAUUUAAAAAUUUUUCUGAGAAACGUUUAUGAUAUUUUCUUUUAAAAUAGUUUCUUGAAAUUAUAUCAUAGAAAGCAUUCUACAAUAGAAAUAUGUUCUUUGUAAAAAUAAAAUUGGAUCUUAUUUUUAAAGAUCUAUCUGAAAAUGAAUUAACUGUCCAAGCCCAAGUUAAAAUUAAUUUAUUAAUUCUUAAAUAAUGAAAAAUUUCUCUUUAAUGUACAUAUAUAUUUUUUAAAAAUUUGGUCUUUUACUAAUAGCUAAGAGUUAUAAGAAUUGAGAAUGAAGCAUUUCCAAUAUCAUUUUAUGAAAUAGAUCUCAACGAUAUGUAAGAAGGUAUCGUAAAUUUAUUAUGUUGGUUUUUGUUUUAAUAUGCUCAUUUUAUAUGGAAAAUAAUUGUAUUAAUCUGUGAUAUUUUACACUGUCUAGUUCUAAGCAGUUAAUUUAAAUGUAAAAAAUAACGAAAAGAUUUAUGUAAAUACAGUUCAAACAUUUAAAUGCACUUGCAAAUUAUUGUAUGUACACUGUACAGUGUGUAUUCACACACAUAUGUAAACUUUCGAAAAACUUAAUAAAUAAUUUACACUGCA